AUGGGAAGAAGCUCCACCAGCAAGAAUAAAGGAGCAGUUGCGGCUUCGCGCUCCAGCGAUAGAGCCAGGUCAGUUUUAGGAGAAAUUCCGGAAUUUGAACUUCUUCACCUACUUUUUUUUUCAGAAAAUCGACAGAGCUUUUCAACAUUUCUGUCGAAGAAAAGCGCACAAGAGUGAAGAGUGAGUUUUGUUCUCUAAACUGUUACAGGCUUUUACUGAAAAUAAAAGUUCAAAACUUUCGUUGUCAUGGUGAUAUGCAACUGGUAUAAUUUUCAGAGAGCUCAACAAGAGGAGCCGCGAUCUCGAAAAAAGCGGCAAAGUCGAAGAAAGGUUCAGGAAAGAAAUCUGGAACCAAACGACGAUCCAGAAAACGAUCGGAAUCAUCGGAUGAAGAGGAAGAUGAGACGGAUUAUGAAAUCAAGGACAUUGUCGAUCAUCGAAUUUACGACGACCAUUAUAUCGAAUAUGCUGUCACAUGGGUUGGCUAUCCAGACGAAAAAACUUGGAUGACUGAAUAUGAUUUGAAAGAUGCCCCAAAAGUUCUCGCUGACUACAAAUUCAAAGUCACCAAAAAAACUGAUAAUCCAGGAGAAGAUUAUACUGUUCAAGAAAUUCUUGCGCAUCGCGAUGUUGGAAAAAAACGCUACUAUUUGGUUCAUUGGAAAGGAUUUGAUCAUCCAGUCAGUCAUACUGAAAUGGAGGAAAAGGAAUUGAAAGAUGCAAAAGAUGUCUUGGAGACGUAUAAAGCAUCAUUGAAAAAUGAGAAAAAGGGAGUAAAGAGAAGAGCACCGAGCAAGAGCUCAUCGAAGAAAAAGUCGAAUGGAAAAGUUGAAUCUGAUGAUGAAGAGGAGGAAGAAGAAGAAGUUGAACAAGCUGAAGAAGAGGAAGUAGAAACCGCGACUGAAGAAGUUCAAGAAGACAGCGAUGAUGAUGAGGAAGAAGAAGAAGAGGAAGAAGGUAAUUUCUUCACUUCUUUGAAAAAUAUACUUUGGAGUGGGUUUUGAAUAACAAUUUAAACUAGUUAUGGAAAUUAGUAGGAGUCAGAUUUUUUGAAACUUGAUGGAAAUACUCUCAAUUCCAGAGUCUGAAUUUUCUUAACAUGUUCAACUUUGGAACUUCAUAAUGGUUCUCCCAAAAAUUUCAGGCAUUUUUUUUAAAACUUUAGAUGCAUGUUCUUUAUGAUCGAGUUUGUAUUUCCAUUUGAUUUAAUCUGAAUUUCAUUCCUGCAAUUUGCACCUUUAUCUACAGGGUGACAACAAAUUAUAGCGACAAAAGUAUACGCUGAUCUGACAGUAAUCACGGAACAAUUUUUUAUGAUUUCAUUGCUCAAAUUUUCUCAAAAACCAUCAUUUUAUAGUUCCUAAUCAGUUUACUAACUUGUUUUUGAUUAUGAACACAGAAAAUUUCACAAAGUUGGAAAACGAUCGUUUUCAAAAUUUCGCUUUUUGACGAUUUUUUAAAUUUUCAAAAUUUUAUCGGCUAAUUGUUUCAUGUCUGUAAGUAAUAUUUCAUAACUAUAAUUUUUAGUUUAGGUAAAGUAAGUAUUGGGGAAGGUUCAGCACGAAUAUUAUUACAGCUACCCGACUUUUGGACUUUUUUAGAUGUGGUUAUAUUGAACCACCACUUGCGAGUAUCAUAAUUUCAUUUUUCGAUAAAAUUGAAAUCUGUGGAUACAAUUCCAAUAUUUAGAAGUAUGAAUGAUUGCAAAUAGUCUGAAUACUAUCAAAAAUUGUCGAAAAAAAUUUUGAGCAUAAAUCCUCUUCAUUAAUUAGAGUAUUUAACGGAUAAUCAGAGUCAAAUGAUGAAUUUCGAGAAAUUAUGAUUUUUGGAAAAGUUGCAUUUCUUUCAAAAUUUAUGUUUGAAAAUCAUAUUCGUGAUAUAAGAAUCUUCACUAAACACCUUUGGAACAAUUUGAAACAUUAACUUCGUUGAAAAAAUAUUAUUGGGACUUUUUUAAAUUUUGACUGGCUUUGAAAAUUCACAAAAUUCCGAAAAUUCAUGAUAAUUGAACCCCGGUGAACAUCAGAAAUUGUUAUAACUGUGAAACAGUGUGUAUUAUGAUCUAGAAAAACUAUUUUGAGCAAGAAAUAUGAAAUUUAUCAGCAAGGGAAAAUUUUUGCUGAACAAAAUAUCUAGCGAGUACGGAAAUAUUUUUCAAAACUCUUCAACGGUCAGAAAAAAUAUUGUGAACCUUCCGAAAACUCUUGAUAUUUUUUCUGCGUGGUCCUGGAUAGUCAGAAAAGUCUCAAAAAAAUUUUCAUAGAGAUCGGUUAAGUACGACAGUAACCAGAGUUAGUGGAAUUUGUCGCUAUAAUUUGUUGUCACCCUGUAUUUCCCUUUUAAAAAUUUGGUUCUCAUCAAAAAUUGUUUUUUUUUCUAGAAUCUCCAAAACGAAAACGUCAACGCAGCGAAGAAUAA